UGAAUAGGUUUUACUUCCUCGUGGAAAACUGCCAAUAAAUUUUAUAUUGUGUUUUUGAUUUCAUGUUGGCCAUCUUAGUUGUUCAAGGUCAAGACUUGCUGCAACAAUUUGAUUCUUCUUGCUGACAUGGUAUGAAAAACACAAGGGAUAUUAUAAAACAUAAAUUUACAACAACAACAAAAAAACAAUGAAUCUAGGAAAGAAAAAUCAUGAUGGUAAAAAUGAUGAACAAAGACUUAUCAAGGAAAACGAUAAUUUGAUAAGAGAAAAUAAGCGAUUAAGGAACGAGAAGGCAAUAUUACAAAAAGAAAAGGCAACAUUAGAAAAUGAAAAGGACGAUGCGUUAUCGAGAUUAAGCAAACUAGCAGGCAAAAAGCUCACAGAUGGGAACCCAGACAUAACCGAUCUUGGAAAUCCAAACAGACCUGCAAAGAUUGGAGAACGCUGGGCCUCGCUGUAUACUGACGAAUGGACAUAUGUCUUUGAAGAUUUAACUGAACAGAAUAAGAAAAAGGGCAACACUAAUGAACUACCGGAAAAGCAACUGAUCAAGAUUGUAGAUUGGUGUUACAAGAAAUGUUUAGAAAUAGCAAAAGAACAAAAUAAUAAAAUCCAUGAAACCUUAUUGGAAGUCGUACGGUUCAUUCAUUUUCUCGGAGCAAAACCAAAGGAGGUCGACCACAAUAAACCAGAGCAAUGUAACAUUGACACUGAAGAUAAAAUGAUAAUAGCAGCUGUGACAACUUUUGAGGAAAAGGCUAAGAUUCAACUCCAAUGCAGUACGACUUUGAUUGAUGCUGUUCGGAAGCAAUGUUGUGACGACUAUAUUUCAUCUAAUCCUGAUUCUUUGGCAAGCGCAAAACAUUUCAUUAUAAAAUGUUCAGAAUUGUGCUGGCACGUGCUUUCGUCGAAUCCACCAAUGGCGAUUGAUUAUGAAAAUUUUGAAGAGCAGCCAAUGGAUCCCAAUAAAUUCAAUAAGUAUAACAGAUCUGGUACUACUGUUGAAUAUGUCGUUUGGCCAGCCCUCCUCCUACAUAAAGAUGGUCCAGUGCUAGCAAAAGGAACGGUUCAGACCAAUUAUGAGGAUAAAACAGCACCUCGAAAAAAAUCCGCAGACAACAUAUUUGGACCACCGAAACGUUGUAAACCAACUGAUACUCCUACUACAAAAGAUGAUUAUACAAGCAAACAAAUGUCAGAUCCUAUUCAAUGCACUAAAGAUUCACUUAAAGGUGAUACCCACGCACAUGAUUCUGAAUUACAGCCUACUAAACCGAAUAAUAAGGAUCAACUAAACGAUUUAUCACAAAAGGUGGAUUUCAAUUCCAUCAACCCGCUUUGUAAUAGUAAAAAAGAAAAAGAAAAUGAAUUCAAUAUUGAUCCAGGGGAACAAUUAUCUGCACACAAAGAGCAAGAUGUGAAACCAGGAUGUGCCUUAAAAACGGGAGAUGCUGAAAACAUUAAUCAAAGUUGUCGUUGUCUUGGAAAGAACAGUGAAUCGAUAAACGAACAGCUUAUUGAAGGCAGUUCUGGAGUAACAACCGAAGGCUCUGAAGAAAUAAAGAAUGAAACCAGCAAUUCCACUAUAGGUGAUAAAAAUAUAGGCGAUGAUCAAAUGGAAGAAACAAAUAAAAAUGGCGUUGAAAAUGAAUUUGAAAAUUAUUCAAACAAAGUAACAGAACUUCAAAGUAAAUCCAAGAAUCAAUACGAAAAUAUUUCUAUCAAAAAAAGUCAUACUUCUCGAGACAGACAAGAAACGAAAGGUGAUGAAUUGAAUAUCUCUGUUCAUAAAGGUGUUAAGACACAAAAAGAAGUAAUGGAUGCAGUUGACAGCAAACAAUAUGAUGAUAAAUAUGAACCAAAACCUUUUUCGUUGGACGGAUCUAUAAACCCUCCCACACUUUCCUGGGAAUCUAACACGGAUGAUAAGUACGAACCUCUUGGUAAUAACAAAACUAUCAAUGCGAAUAAUGGAAUACAUGACUCACCCACUGUUUCAAGUAUUGAAAGUAAAAUCAAAUUUUAUAGUAAGGAAGGAAACCAAUUGAAUGGACCCCCUCAACGUACAGGGACAAUUCAACGAGAAUUAGACAAAGUACGCAAAAGGUCAAAGCUUCCAAAAGAAAAAGACUUCAAUAAAACCAAACCGGAAUCGAAAACUUCAAGGAAAAACUCAUCAAACUAAUCUACACUAAGAUGUUGUUUGCUCCUUAAGAAAACAAAAACUCCGACUUGUACAGUAAAUAUGACAUAUCUUUUGUACGCAUAAUUCACAAUGGUGACAAUACUCGUGACUUGAAAUACAUUGCAGAAUUUAUUCAGUGAUUUUCAAUUACGAUUUUAACCGCUUAUUUCUACAUGAAUAAGCGUGAUGUAAUAUCCAACAAAAUGUUUGUAUAUAUCAAUUUGAUCUUCAGUGCAAUUGUUUAGAUUUUUCUUCCGACAUUCAUUUUUUGGCAAUUGUCUUUUAGGAGUUCAAUCAAUGUUCCGCUUGUGAUUUUUUUUUUAAUUAUGUUCAAUAAUUUGAUUUCGUUUAUAAUAUAAGAUAAUUCCCCACUUGUUCCUUUUUUUAUAAUAAGCGAAAAAGAAAACAAAUCGGUAAUAUGCUCAUUAGGCAAAUAACUAUCUGCAAACAUUCCUUAUUCUACCAUUUGUCGGAUUGUUACAUAUAUAUCUUUAUUCUCAUAAACCAAACUAUGUUCUAAUUCGUAACCUCAACCGAACAUAAAACAUUUAUCAAUAUAAUACAAAACUCUCACAUGGAAGUAGCCACUUGCAAAAGUCAAGUGCAUUUUAUUCAGAUAAUAAGUACACGUAAUUCAUUUUAUAUCAAUGAAAAUUAUGGAAAUUGUUUGUCUCUAACUAGCACUGCAACAUCAAUAUUUGCGACUCUUCUUGAAUAUCGACCUGUAAAUAAAUAAUUUUCAUAAUUAUUUAUUUGGAAAAAAGCAUCUAGAGCACUUGACUGCAAUGACUCGAAUGACUUUAACUACUAUCAAACCACCCGUGCAUAAAAAUUUUCCCGCAUACUUUAUAUAUCCAAUCAAACAGACCUUUUUAUAAAUAGCAUAAACACAUGUUCCUUACCAAACAAAACAA